AUGAGCAGCGCGGCGGGGGGCGCGGAGGGCGCGGCGGCGGCGCGGGCCCGCAGCUGCGCCUGCACCGCGUCCCACGCCUCCGAGCGCGGGGAGCCGCGAGCCCCGUCUCUACGUCUAGACGAGCGACCGCGCGGCGAGCCGCGAGUCACCCCGGGCGACUCCGGUAUCCCGACACCGCCCGUCUCGUCCUGGAAAAUAGUAUUCGAUUAG